CCGUUCGAGAGGCUGGAGGUCAAGAAAGAGACGCUGCUAGAAAUGUUCAAGUACAACAAGUUCAAGUGUCGAAUCCUGAAUGAGAAAGUGACGACCGACACCACCACUGUGUACAGGUGUGGUCCUCUGAUAGAUCUGUGUCGUGGUCCUCAUGUCAGACACACUGGAAAAAUCAAGGCCUUCAAGAUCUACAAGAACUCCUCCACAUAUUGGGAGGGCCGCUCAGACAUGGAGACCCUCCAGCGCAUCUACGGUAUUUCAUUUCCCGACAGCAAAAUGCUGAAGGAAUGGGAGCGAUUUCAGGAGGAGGCCAAAAACAGAGACCAUCGCAAGAUCGGGAAGGAUCAGGAGCUGUUCUUCUUCCAUGAUCUGAGUCCUGGAAGCUGCUUCUUUCUGCCGCGCGGAGCUUUCAUUUACAACACACUGAUGGACUUCAUCAGGGGUGAGUACAGCAGACGGGGCUUUCAGGAGGUGGCGACCCCGAACAUCUACAACAGCCGCCUGUGGGAGACGUCUGGACACUGGCAGCUCUACACACAAUCCAUGUUCAGCUUCCCUGUGGAGCUCGACGUGUUCGCACUCAAGCCCAUGAACUGCCCUGGACACUGUCUGAUGUUCGCUCACCGUCCACGCUCCUGGCGUGAGCUCCCUCUGCGAUUGGCUGAUUUCGGGGUUCUGCACCGGAACGAACUUUCGGGAACGCUGACGGGUCUGACGAGGGUCCGACGCUUCCAGCAGGACGACGCACACAUAUUCUGCACUCUUGAUCAGAUCGGCUCUGAGAUGAAGGGUUGUCUGGAUUUUCUGCGCUCCGUCUACUCCGUCUUCGGCUUCUCCUUCCAGCUCCAUCUGUCCACGCGGCCGCAGAAGUUUCUGGGGGACGAGGCGUUGUGGAAUCAGGCUGAGAAGCAACUGGAGAACAGCCUGAACGAGUUUGGAGAGCCGUGGAAACUCAAUCCUGGAGACGGAGCUUUCUACGGACCCAAGAUCGACAUCAAUAUUAAAGAUGCGAUCGGCCGCUAUCACCAGUGCGCCACCAUUCAGCUGGACUUCCAGCUGCCUAUACGAUUCAAUCUGACAUAUGUGGGGAAGGACGGGGAUGACCGGGACCGACCUGUGAUCAUCCACCGCGCCAUCCUGGGCUCCGUGGAGAGAAUGAUCGCUAUCCUCACUGAGAACUACGCAGGCAAGUGGCCACUGUGGCUCUCUCCACGUCAGGUGAUGUUAGUUCCAGUUAACCCGUCUCUUGAAGAAUACGCCAAACAGGUCUGCAAGCGGUUUGUCGAAGCUGGUUUUAUGGCUGAUGCUGAUUUGGAUUCUAGUUGCCUUCUGAACAAGAAGAUUCGUAAUGCACAGCUGGCGCAAUAUAACUUCAUCCUGGUGGUGGGAGAAAAGGAGCGUCUCAGCAACAGUGUGAAUGUUCGCACCAGAGACAACAAAGUUCACGGAGAGCUGCCGGUUCUGGAGGUGAUGGAGAGACUAAUGCUGCUCAGACGCUCACAGUGCAGGAACGCAGAGGAUGACUUCUGAUGAAGAUGAUGAAGGAGGAUGAUGAUGAUGAUGAUGAAGGAUGAUGAUGAUGGUGGUGAUGAUUAUGAUGAAGAUGGUGAUGAAUAAUGGAUGAUGAUGAUGAAGAUGAUGGUGAUGAUGAUGAUGAUGAUGAAGAUGAAGAUGAUGAUGAAGGAUGAUGAUGAAGAUGAUGAUGAUGAUGAAGAAUGAUGAUGAUGAUG